AUGACCGACGAGGACCAUUCCGAUUCUCGAACCGAAGACGACUAUGAAGAAGGCGAGGAAGCAUAUGAUGAUGAAGGUACUCUGGACGAAGAGGAAAUGCUACAUCCAGAAGAGAAUUAUCAAGAUGAGCUUAAAAUGCUAGAAGAUGAUGCUAAUUUAUCCAUCGAAGAACUUAGACAGAAAUACUGCAACGCUGUUGUCGAAGAAGAAUAUGAUGAUGCGCAGUCCACAUCAACAUCAGAUGAUGCCGGUAAAUUGGAUGGUUUAGAUGAUACAACUGUGAAUCCUGACUUUGCAGAACCAGGUGUAGUUGCAUCAUCAGUUGUAUCUCCCAAAAAAGGAAAAAAAGAGCAUGGCUAUUUCUCGGAUGUUGAUGAUAAUGAAGAGGACACUGAUUAUGUGCCGCCUGAUCGUUGGCGAAGAAUUGUGAGACAAGGACCAAUGUAUCAGGCCUCUGUCCCUGACACAAUAUCGAUGGGUCCCAAAAGUCCACGGAGAGAGCUUGAAAUGCUUUUAUGGUCACCUCAUACUGAUGUGUCAAUGAAGAAAGUGGAAGAAUAUUUGAAGAAUUAUUACGACAGGGUACUGCAAAGCAAUGAUUCAUCUCUCCCUGCUGAAACGCGUAAACCUGGGAAUUCAAAUCGAAGUUUUCCUGUAAAAGAUGAUGAAGAUGCUUUGAAAGCGCUGUUGAAUGCGAAGUAUAAUACGAGCAUCGCAUUGGCCAGUUAUCCAUUUCCACGCGCUAAUGCCCCUCUGAAAAGCGUUGGACCAAAUCCUACCAAAUGGAACGACCAGGACUGCGAACUUUUCGAAAGAGGUAUGCAGAUGUAUGGAAAAAAUUUUUGCCUUAUCAAGCGAUUGUUACCUCAUAGGACCGUCGGCGAAAUAGUACAUUUCUACUACAUUUGGAAGAAAACAGAACGUCAUGAUAUGUUCCAAGAACGAGUUCGCGGUAUGAAAAACCAAGAUCAUCCCAACUGCACGGAUUUUAUGGGAGGAUUAAUGGAUCACAUGGAUGGAAGGAGUAGUAAUGUACUGGAUAUAGCGGCUAAUACAGUUCCGGCUGAAAUGGAUUGGAUAAGUAAAGAUUGGGAAUGGAAUAACGAAGAAGAUAGUACUCUUCCUCAUCUGGAUAGCGAUACCAUUGCUAACGUAUUACAGUGA